CCGCGCGGCGCCCGAGGCGCAAAAGUAGCUGUCAAAUGCGCGGCGCCUUUAACCGGCGCGAGCAGAGCGGCGCGGCGAGUCAUGGCGACCGCAGCCUCCAACCACUACAGCCUGCUCGCCUCCGGCUCGCCCAUGGUGCACGCCGAGCCGCCCGGCGGCAUGCAGCCCGGCGGCGGCUACCGCGACGCGGGCGCGCUGGUGCAGGCGGACUACGCGCUGCAGAGCAACGGGCACCCGCUGAGCCACGCUCACCAGUGGAUCGCCGCGCUGUCCCACGGCGGCCCCGGCGGCGGCGGCGGAGGAGGGGGCGGCGGCGGCGGAGGGGGCGGCGGCGGCGGCGAGGCGCCCUGGGCGGCGGCGGGCGCGCUGGGCCCGCCCGACAUCAAGCCGGCCGCGGUGCAGGCGGCCCCGCGCGGCGACGAGCUGCCGCCGCCGCAGCACCCGCCGCCGCCGGGCCGAGCGCCGCACCUGGUGCACCACGGCGGCGGCGGCGGCGGGCACCACGCGGCGUGGCGGGCGGGCGGCGCGGCGCACCUGCCGCCGGGCAUGGCCGCGGCCAACGGCGCGGCGCAGGCGGGGCUGCUGUACCCGCAGCCGCCCGGCUUCACCGUCAACGGCAUGCUGGGCGCCGCGCAGCCCGCCCUGCACCACCACGGCCUGCGCGACGCCCACGACGAGGCUCCCGGGCCGCCCGCGCCGCCGCACCACGGUGCCGAGCACCCGCACGGGCCGCACCCCGCGGGCGGAGGAGGGCCGGGGGCCGGCGGAGCGGCGGCGGCGGGAGGGCCGCACCACGAGGCGCACUCGGACGAGGACACGCCGACCUCGGACGACCUGGAGCAGUUCGCCAAGCAGUUCAAGCAACGGCGGAUAAAGCUGGGAUUUACCCAAGCGGACGUGGGGCUGGCGCUGGGCACGCUGUACGGCAACGUCUUCUCGCAGACCACCAUCUGCCGCUUCGAGGCCCUGCAGCUCAGCUUCAAGAACAUGUGCAAGCUGAAGCCUUUGUUGAACAAGUGGUUGGAGGAGGCGGACUCCUCCUCGGGCAGCCCCACCAGCAUAGACAAGAUCGCGGCGCAGGGCCGCAAGCGGAAAAAGCGCACCUCCAUCGAGGUGAGCGUCAAGGGCGCGCUGGAGAGCCACUUCCUCAAGUGCCCCAAGCCCUCGGCGCAGGAGAUCACCUCGCUGGCGGACAGCCUUCAGUUGGAGAAGGAGGUGGUGAGAGUGUGGUUUUGUAACAGGAGACAGAAGGAGAAGCGCAUGACGCCGCCCGGGGGGACGCUGCCGGGCGCCGAGGACGUGUACGGGCCCAGCAGGGACACGCCGCCGCACCAUGGGGUGCAGACCCCCGUGCAGUGACCUGGGCGCCCUCCCCCCACCCCUACUCCUCCUCCUCCUUCCCCCCGCCUUUCCGGCGUCCUCCUUUCGGUGUUGGGGUUGUUUUUUGUUUUUGUUUUUGUUUUUGUUUUUCUUUGUUUUUAUUUUUCUCCUCUCUUUCAAAAAAAAAAAAUCGAGCAAAAAAAAAAAAAAAAAGAAAGAUAAAUAGGGAAAAAAUUAACAAAACAAAACAAACAAACAAAAAGCGAGCAGAAAAGCGAACGCGAAUCCAAGCAGACAGAAAGCUCCGGUCGGGCGGCGGGUGCGGGCUGUGGCCGGGCCUUGAGGAGUGAGUACUGCGCCGGCCGGGCCGGGGGCGGCGGUGCGGGCGGGCGCGCGGCUGUGGGCAUCCGCCCGUCGGGAUGUGAGCAGGGAAAGGAAGGAGCCCUUGUCCCAGGCAGUAUUGAGACGUAGUCAUUUGCACUGCGAGGAUAUCGAAGUUUACAGAAAUUCAGUGGGUUUCUUGCCCUCUUGACCCGAUGUGGGGGAUGAGGAGUACGUAUAUCGGUGUGUGUGUGUGUGCCGCCCGCACGCAGGCGUAUGUAUGUAGGAUGUGCACACGGCCGUGCGGCGGAGCGGCUCCGGACCGUCCGCGGGGGCAGCGAGAGCGGGGCGAAGGGACGAAGCAAACUUCGUUUUCCGGCAGUGCGCGGCCGCGGAAGGGACCGCGGCCCCGGCGAGAGGCUGCAGGGCCGGGAGGAAGCACCUCGCGCCCCAGGGGCCGCCCCGAGAGAAGUACGGGGACGUUCGGGCCCCCCCGGCCACAGCCCUUCGCCUCGGCCCCUCCUCGCCUCCCCCGGAGCGGCUCUACUCGCAGCCCGCGCUCCUUUCACCUUUGCUUCCCGUAUUUAUUAUUUUUCCUCCCCCUC